AAUGAAUAAUUCUUAUUUGUCAAAUGUACUUUCUUCUACUACUACAACUUUUAUUACAGCUCAAUAAGAAAUUAUGUACAAACAAGAUGCAAAAAGCAUAUCAACAACAAAAAUAUCAGAAAAUGUUUCCACUGCUAGUUCAGUACUUGAAAAGAAUUCAGCUUGCUGUGUGGAAUCCAAUUCGUCACCUUUAACUUCAGCAAAUGAUAUUACAAGUACCUUAUUGUUAAAUGUAACACUCGAAGAGCAUGCCACAAUAACACAACCAUGUUACACUAAUGAAAAAUUGUUACACUCUUCAUCUGAAAGUAUUGAAAAUGCAAGUAAUGGACUCAUGUUUAAAGAAAUUGACAGUAUUUGUGAUCAAAUUAAUUCGAGUGAAGGUCGAGAUCACAAAGAUUGCGUUAAUACAAUUAAAAAAUUAAAAAUUUUGUUAAGUAGAAGUCUGAAAACAAUUAAGAUUUUGAAAACAGAACAUACAAAGUUCCGAAAUCAAUUUAAAAAGCAGAUUAAAGAUUUACAACAAAAAGUACGUAUAAAUAACAUCUUAUUUAAUUAUUAAUUAAAUUUAAUUAAUUAAUUAUCUUAUUAAUAUUGGAAAUUAAAAACAAAUUGAA